AUGGAGGAGAUGGACAGUAAACCGUAUCAGCCACUGUCGAAAGGCCGCCACGAGAUGGAGAUGUCCUACACCAGCUCAUCGGACGAGAGCGAGGACGGACGGGCCCACCACCGCUCCUACACCUCACGCGAAACUCUGCCCGACUACACCCACGAGCUGCGCCUGACGCUGGGGUCACACCGCGAGCGCCAGAGCAACUACAGCCAGCCGCAACCCGACCUAGACUUCUGUAAGAGCGGGCCCAUGCGCAGCCCUGACUUCCACCUGCACCAGGCCCAGCAGCAGCAGCAGCAGCAGCAGCAUGAGGAAGAGGAGGAAGCCCUGUGCUCCGGUCCGGUUGCUCACGUGGGCCGCGGAGGGGGCAGAAGCUACUCUCUGGGCGUGGGCUCCGAUGUGGACACGGAGCCGGAGGUGGACCCAUCCCCAGGGCUGCAGCACAUGUGGAUGAGAGGCCUGAAGUCUGAACAGAGCUCCUGCCUGACCAGCCGCGCCAACUCCGCCCUCUCCCUGACCGACACCGAGCACGACCGCAAGAGCGAACCCGACAACGCAGUGGGGCUCAACUGGGACAGUGUUGGGGCCCGCGAUCAACAAGCCUCCGACCUGCGACUCAAUUUUAGAUAA